CCGGUAGCCCCCCCGAGGGCCCCGGCCUGGGAUAGGCCCCUCAGCCCCGGAAGCUCCCCCCGCAGGAAGCCCCCCUCCCGCUGACUGUGGCCCCCGGGGGCCCCGCUGGGAGGGGCAGACAGGCAUCGCGCGGGGCAGCCCGGCCCAGGACCCCGGAAGCAGCGGCGGCGGCAGCACGUGUUUAUCGGAGGAUGGAGGAACCCGGGCUGCGGGAGAUCGGCUGCGAACUGAGAGUGCUGAGCCGGAGCGACGGGUCCGCCGCCUUCCUGCACGGUAACUACUAACUACUAUCUAAUAAUAAUACUACCUACUACUAAUACUAAAUAAUAAUAUUAAUAACAACAAUAAUAAUAAUAACCAUAAUCAUACUACUAUCUACUAAUAAUAAAUAAUAAUAAUUAAUACUACCUACUAUCUACUAAUAAUAAAUAAUAAUUAAUACUACCUACUAUCUACUAAUACUAAAUAAUAAUAAUAAUAACAAUAAUAAUAACUACCCCACCGGGGGGUAACUGACCGAAAUAAUGAUCAUAAUAAUAACUGCCCCUCCGGGGGGUAACUAAUAAUAAUAACUACCCCACCUGGGGGUAACUGACCGAUAAUAACUGCCCCACCAGGGGUAAUAACUGACUAAUAAUAAUAAUAAUAACUGCCCCACCGGGGGUAACUGACCAAUAAUAACCCCACCGGGGGGUAACUAACAGAUAACUACCCCACAGGGGGAUAACUAACCGAUCAUAACUACCCCACUGGGGGUAACUAACGGAUAACUACCCCACCAGGGGUAACUAACGGAUAAUAAAUACCCCACCGGGGGUAACUAACGGAUAACUGCCCCACAGGGGGGUAACUGACCGAUAACCACACCGGGGGGUAACUAACCGAUAAUAACUGCCCCACCGGGGGUAACUAAUAAUAAUAAUAACCCCACCGGGGGUAACUAAUAAUAAUAAUAACCCCACCGGGGGUAACUAAUAAUAAUAAUCCCACCGGGGGGUAACUAAUAAUAAUCCCACCGCGGGUAACUAAUAAUAAUAAUAAUCCCACCGCGGGUAACUAAUAAUAAUAAUAAUCCCACCGCGGGUAACUAAUAAUAAUAAUAAUCCCACCGCAGGUAACUAAUAAUAAUAACCCCACCGAGGGGUAACUAAUAAUAAUAAUCCCACCGGGGGGUAACUAAUAAUAAUAAUCCCACCGGGGGGUAACUAAUAAUAAUAAUAAUCCCACCGGGGGGUAACUAAUAAUAAUAAUAAUAAUAAUAAUCCCACCGCGGGUAACUAAUAAUAAUAACCCCACCGAGGGGUAACUAAUAAUAAUAAUCUCACCGAGGGGUAACUAAUAAUAAUAAUCCCACCGGGGGUAACUAAUAAUAAUAAUCCCACCGGGGGUAACUAAUAAUAAUAAUCCCACCGGGGGUAACUAAUAAUAAUAACCCCACCGGGGGUAACUAAUAAUAAUAACCCCACCGGGGGUAACUAAUAAUAAUAAUACCCCACCGGGGGGUAACUGACCAAUAACCCCACAGGGGGAUAACUAACGGAUAAUAACUACCCCACUGGGGGUAACUAACGGAUAAUAACUACCCCACUGGGGGUAACUAACGGAUAAUAAAUACCCCACCGGGGGUAACUAACGGAUAACUGCCCCACCGGGGGGUAACUAAUAAUAAUCCCACCAGGGGGUAACUAAUAAUAAUCCCACCGGGGGGUAACUAAUAAUAAUCCCACCGGGGGGUAACUAAUAAUAAUAAUAAUAAUAAUAAUCCCACCGCGGGUAACUAAUAAUAAUAAUAAUCCCACCGCGGGUAACUAAUAAUAAUAAUAACCCCACCGAGGGGUAACUAAUAAUAAUAAUCCCACCGAGGGGUAACUAAUAAUAAUAACCCCACCGGGGGUAACUAAUAAUAAUAACCCCACCGGGGGUAACUAAUAAUAAUAACCCCACCGGGGGUAACUAAUAAUAACCCCGGUGAGGUUAUUAUUAUUAUUAGUUACCCCCGGUGGGGUUAUUAUUAUUAUUAUUAUUAUUAUUAUUAUUAUUAUUAUUAGUUACCCCCGGUGAGGUUAACUAAUAAUAAUAAUAACCCCACCGGGGGUAACUAAUAAUAUUAUUAUUAGUUACCCCCGGUGGGGUUAUUAUCGGUCAGUUACCCCCGGUGGGUAAUUAAUAAUAAUAAUAAUAAUAAUAAUAACCCCCCACCGGGGGUAACUGACCGAUAAUAAUAACCCCCCACCGGGGGUAACUGACCGAUAAUAAUAACCCCCCACCAGGGGUUAACUGACCGAUAAUAAUAACCCCACCGGGGGUAACUAAUAAUAACCCUACCGGGGUAACUAAUAAUAAUAAUAACCCCACCGGGGGUAACUAAUAAUAAUAACCCCACCGGGGGUAAAUAAUAAUAAUAAUAACCCCACCAGGGGUAACUAAUAAUAAUAAUAACCCACCGGGGGUAACUAAUAAUAACCCACCGGGGGUAACUGACCGAUAAUAAUAACCCCACCGGGGGUAACUAAUAAUAAUACCCCCAGUGGGGUUAUUAUUAUUAGUUACCCCCGGUGAGGUUAUUAUUAUUAUUAUUAGUUACCUCCGGUGGGGUUAACUAAUAAUAAUAACCCCACCGGGGGUAACUAAUCAUAAUAAUAAUAUUAUUAUUAGUUACCCCCGGUGGGAUUAUUAUUAUUAGUUACCCCCGGUGAGGUUAUUAUUAUUAUUAGUUACCUCCGGUGGGAUUAUUAUUAUUAUUAACCCACCGGGGGUAACUGGGGGAUAACUGCCCCACCGGGGGUAACUGCCGGUGACUACCCCGCCGGGGGCAAUUACAACCGGUAACUGCCCCACCGGGGGGGUAACUAAUCGAUAACAACCAGUAACUAAAAGACAAAGGAGAGUAACAAGUACUGAGUUACUGUGUGAAAUGAAAAAAACACCAAGAUACACUCCUGGGGUCCAGAAUAAUACCACACAGACUCAGGUCUUACCCAAGUACAAUAUCUAGCUCAAAAAACGGACAAAUAAUAAAAAAUAAAUCAAAUGAACUUAACCUUUAUUGAAAUAAAUAAAAACAAAAACGUGAAAAGAAAAAAAUCGUGCAAAGUGUAUACGUGGUUAGAAAAGGGGGAUCUAGUGGAAAUUACUGGCAAUGCUCCGAAAGGGAGCUAAUAAACGGGCAAAAUAUCUUCUCAACAUCAGUCAAAAACGCACCUGGACCUGUAUGGAUAAUACUUAGACAAAUAUAUAUUAGUCUUGUUCCAAAGUAGACGUGUGUCAAAUAUCAUUUGUAAUAAAUCAUUGAUAAGAUUAUAAUGUGGCGCAAUCACUUCUCAAAGGGCAAAAUGUCAGUACAAUACCCUCAAACGAGCACGAAGUUGGAUAUCAUGGUAUAAAUAGAUGUUCAGCUACAGUAGAUAUAAAUAUUCAAAAGAUAUUCUGUGUUGGUCAUGAGGGUGGCAGGCCCAAAAUCAAAAUGCAAUAGUAACACUAUAUUGUAACAAAAGUGUCCAAAAAGGGAAACAUUCCCAUUGAUCAAAUAAGACACUUUGAACUAUAGAGCCUGUCAGUUAGAGCGCUGGCAACCCAUUAAGAAAUGUUAGUGGAGAGGAUAAAUAUACCAAACAUGAAAAUAUUAAUAAAGAUAUUAAGACAUAAGAGUAGUAUUAGAGUGAGUAUGUAUAUAUAGAUGUAAGUCCCUGUGUGGUCUAAAACGGAAAAGAAUGGUGAAGGGACCAACACCCUACCUCCACCCAGGCAGACCCAAUGAGUCUCAAAGUAUCUGGGAAACAGAAAAAUAAGUGUCGUUUCCCAAUUAGACACUUCGUACUGUGCCCCCAGUAAGGCUAUAAAGAAACAGUAUUGUAACCAUACAGAUAUCUACUCAGCUGUUAUAUCCUGACAGCGAAUAACGCCCCCAUCCUAAAUCAAUCCUAGUGGGAAGAGAAAAGGGGACCCUAAGGUGAAGUAGAAUCAAAUAUGCUCAGUAAAGAUCCAUUCGAAUCCCUAUUAAACUAAAAAGCAGUUAGAGAGCUGCAUAGCAAAGCUCAACGCGUUUCGGCGCUUUCUUGCCUUAAAGAGCUAAACCGAGUCCGAGUCAGCCUGUGUUUUAAAACGUUAGGCCGCGCCCCUCAGGACGUCACACAACCAAUUAUCUCGCGAAACGUCGGUCAUGGGCGGUUCUAAAUUGUAUUGUACUCAAGGGAUAGGCCAAAACAUCCCGGCGGGCGGCGGUCAAUAGACCCGCCCCCCCCCCCAGUACCACCCAGCGGCCAAUCAGACAAAUGUUCCAGCCUGGUAGGCGUGGUGCGUGUGAUUGGCGAUCGCAACAGCAAAUCAUGUCUUUACAGGGGCGGAAUAGACAAUAUUGAGACGCCCCCUCUGUAUGCCGUUUCCAUUAUGUGUCAAACGUUUAGAUCUUAGAUGAAUAAAGCGGAGAAUUUUCUAAGUUAUUGCUUUAUUAAGAUAUAAAGAUUGCGCAGAUUAAGCAGCAAAGUAUAGGUAGGCAGAAAAAAGUCUACAUAAGCUGCCACUUUAUAAAUGCUAAGACUCAUUGUUUAAAGGUAUAUAGAAAUGUAUUUUCGUGCACAAAGUUGAAAAUCAACCUAAUUGAAAUGUCCAGAUUGAGCCAUAACCUUACCUUAAAGAUAAAAAUAUGAUAUAUUAUAAAAUAGAUAUAUAUCUAUAUAUAUAUAUAAUUACAAAAUGGAAUUUUAAAGAGUGAAAUUUUUUUAAAUUUUUUUUUUUAUUUCUUUACCGUUUUUUACAACCGGUAACUACCCCACCGGGGGCAAUAGCAACCGGUAACUACCCCACCGGGGGCAAUAGCAACCGGUAACUACCCCACCAGGGGUAACUAACCGAUAAUAACCAGUAACUACCCCACCAGGGGUAACUAACCGAUAAUAACCAGUAACUACCCCACCAGGGGUAACUAACCGAUAAUAACCAGUAACUACCCCACCGGGGGUAAUAACCAGUAACUACCCCACCGGGGGUAACUAACCGAUAACUACCCCACCGGGGGUAACAAUAACUACCAAUAUAUUUAAUUCUCCUAUCUCUCCUGUACUUACGGUACCGCUAUUAAUACUCCCGUCUCUCCUGUACUUACUGUAUCUUAAUACUCCUGUAACUUUUAUUAAUACACCUCUCUCCUUUAGUUACUGUACCUCUAUUAAUACUCCUCUCUCCUGUACUUACUCUACCUCUAUUAAUACUCCUGUACUUACUGUAUCUUAAUACUCCUGUAACGUUUAUUAAUACUCCUAUCUCUCCUGUACUUACUGUACCUUUAUUAAUACUCCUCUCUCCUGUACUUAUUGUACCCUUAUUAAUGCUUUCUCUCUUGUACGUACCGUAACCAUUAACACUCUUAUCUCUUCUGUAGUGCUGUAACCUUUAUUAAUACUCCUAUCUCUCCUGUACUCACUUUACCUUUAAUAUUCCUAUCACUUCUGUACUUACUGUAACCUUUUUAUUAAUGCUCAUAUCUCAACUCUUAAAGGGGACACAUCUGUCCUGGCGGGAGUAUAUGGCCCAGCGGAGAUUAAGGUUAGCAGAGAGCUGCAUGACAAGGCCACCAUUGAGGUGAUACUAAGGCCCAAAGUAGGACUACCAGGUGAGUGUCUCGCAUGGCCCGCUUUAAGAAAUUAUCAUAAUCUAAUUUUAAUUUCGUGGUUAGUUUAUUUUCUUUCCUAUUCCCCGUUCCCUCCUGGUUUCCCCAGGGGUCAUCUGCGCCAAAUAAGAGCAGAUAUGACAGGGAUCGGGGGGGGGGUGAUUCACGGGAGUGAUUGACGGGAUGGAGGGGGUGGUGAUUGACGGGAUGUAGUGGGGGUGUGAUUGACGGGAUAGGGGUGGUGAUUGACGGGAUAGGUGGGGGGUGGUGAUUGACGGGGAUAGGGGGGUGGUGAUUGACGGGGAUGGGGGGGGGUGGUGAUUGACGGGGAUUGAACUGGGGAGUUACACUGGACACUUACAUUUAUGGUCACAGUAGCCAAUCUGGCAAAAUUCUCCCAAGUCUUGUGUUUUCGAAUUGGCUAAAAUUAGUAUCCUAGUUGGUCAGGACUGAUCAGAAUAUCAGCCAACACAACACCCCUAAUUCCCUCCCUUCACUCACCCACACACACCUCACACCACUACUACUCACACACGCAUACACACCACUACUACUCACACACGCAUACACACCACUACUACUCACACACGCAUACACACCACUACUACUCACACACGCAUACACACCACUACUCUCACACACGCAUACACACAACUACUCUCACACACGCAUACACACCACUACUCUCACACACGCAUACACACCACUACUCACACACACGCAUACACACCACUACUCACACACACGCAUACACACCACUACUCACACACACGCAUACACACCACUACUCACACACACGCAUACACACCACUACUCUCACACACGCAUACACACUUUACAUCUUUUUUUAAAAUUUAUUUAUAACUUUCAUUUCUUUUUCAACAGAACAUUUAAAAAAAUAAAAAUAAAGAUUACAGGACAAAACAAUAACAUAAAAUAAAAUACAUAUGCUCUUCAUUACUAUUACUUCAUUUACAAUGAGGCUUCUACAUUGGUUUUUAUAACCUGUUUACUUUCACACGUAUGAAAGGCCCAGCAUCUUCCUUCUAUUUUAACAAUCUAUACUAAGUAUAUACUAAGUCUUGCAGUUAAUCAAUCAUACAUAUUCAGAUGGUCAUUCAUUAAUAUAAAAUACUGCCCAAGCGUUAUCCGCAUAUUUUAUAUUUACAUUAAACUAUUAUUGCCCUUUUCUCUUUAAGGUCUGUUUAUACUCUACUCCUGAAUACUAGCCAAUCUUGCCACCCACACACACCUCACACACACACACGCGCAUACACACUUACAUCUAUACACACACACUACACCUUGUGUAGCAAUUGUGGCUUUUCAGUUAUUCGUCAAUCUCUCCCCCGUGCUCUGGUUUUCAACAAAUAACAAAACUAUAUAGGGUGUCUGUGUGAUUCUGUCUGUCAUUGUGUGUGUAUGGAUCUUUGUCCAUCUGGGUUUCCAUCCUAUUCCUGUUACCCUUCCUUCUCUUACUGGUUUGAUUUCACACCCCCCGUUUGUGCCUUUUUUUUUUUUGCCAUUUUGUUUGUCGUACCCAGCUGGAACUCCACAUUUAUCUCAUGUUUUUUUUACUCUUUCCAUUCCUUUCAGCCAUUCAGGAGAAGAGCCAGGAGCUGCUGAUUCGGGAGACGUGCGAGUCUGUCAUUAUAGGAGCUCUGCACCCCAGAAGUUCUAUCACUAUCAUCCUUCAGAUUGUGAGCGAUGCUGGAUCUGUAUCCUUAUAUCAUUCCGCCAGCAGAUAGGGGCAAGAUAAUCGAGCUGAGAGUCACUGUUACCUGCGUAAAACUGAUGUGCAUUGCUCAUGCGGCGUCCCUUUAAAGGGUUAGCCCAAGCAGUCUUAUAAAAAAAAAAAACGUUGCUUUUAUAGUAACCCUUGCACUGCCCACCACCUUAAAAAAAAAAAAAAAAGAAUAAACCUGAGGCUGAGGCCAAGUUCUAUCCCCUAAUCCUGUCCCCUUGCUACCAGGAGAGGGUGGACUGAGGGGAGGACAUGGGUGGCACAGACCCCACUUUUACACAAAACUGACACACGCCUCACUUCAAUCUGUAAAUUUCUGGUGAGAUAUUCCAGGGGAAAAUAUAUAUAAAAAAAAAAAAGUACAAAGAGGUUCUUGUGCGUGAACAGCGCCCUGAAUCCUGGUAGAAUGUGUUGCUUUGCAAACCUUGCUGGAAUCGGGGCGCCACACUCCGGAAUGGUUAGUAAAGUAGAUCGUAUUAAAUAAAUCGUCCGACUGAUGUAUACGAAUUAUCCCGACAACCAUUUAAAGCCAGCAAUUAAAGAGCAAGUCAUAAGGUUUACAAAUAUCGUUAAUGUUUUGCCAUUAUCAGAGUUCUUUCACGCUGACCCAUAACACCUGGUCCUGGUCUAGUCACUAAGGCAUUUCCAGAAACUUCGAAGUAAAAUAAAAGGGACACUUCCUCUCAUUGAAGAUGUCUGGGUGCAGUGUCCAUGUCCCCAUUGGCCUACAGUGAAAAUCAUGAUUUAGAAAAACUGCAAUGUUUAUAUCGCAUGAUUAAGGCUACCACUAGUCUUCCAGACAGCCACUUCCUGCAUUUACACGGAGUUUAACUCACUCUGCAUUAGGACGUCCCGUGUCUUGAAAAUCCUCAUAGGGAAGCGUUGAUUCAGUGCUAAUGAAUUAGUGGGGUGCUUGCCACGCAUGCUCAUUAGCUGUCCGCUGACAUAGGAGGAGGUGGAGACGGAGCCAGGAAACAGGUAAGUGAUUAAAAGGUUUUUAUUUUAACCCUCCGAGGGGGAGAAUGCAGCUCUGUAUUCCUAACGCUAUAGUGCUUCUUUAGGGUGAAAAAGCCAAAUUUGACAAUUCUCUGUGGUUUAAAUUCUGCUAUUCUGGUG